AUGCAAUUAAUCCAAUGGUUCAUUUUAACUAUCAUCUCCUUGAUAAACAUUAAAGCAGAUGUUGAUAAAGGUUGGACUGUGGAAGACUCUGAAAUACUGGCGUUACACAAUGCAUAUCGACAAAGACUAAAGUAUGGAAGAUUCCUAGGUCAACCACGUGCGAUAGAAAUGCCGAAACUCAGAUGGUCUUACGAAUUGGCUGACAUUUCUAAGAAUUGGGCGUCAACAUGUCAACCUUAUCCUAGCAACAUAACAAUGAGAGGUAAAACUUCUUGGAAUUAUGUCGGUCAGAAUGUCGCUGUUACUUCGAAUGUGAGAGAUGCUGUGGCCCUCUGGUUUCUCGAACAUUUAAACUACAACUUCAAAGCAAACAAAUGUAAAGAAAACAGAAGAUGCGCAAAUUACAAACAGGUGGUGUUUUCAGAAACAGCGGAGGUUGGAUGUGCGUAUAAGAAAUGCAAUAACUUCGAAGCACCUUAUAACAUUGUUGUCGUGUGUACUUAUGGACCCGGUGGUAAAUACUUCUCACGAAGACCCUACACAGCUUCCACUGACAAGGGUUAUGAAGAGGAUAUCUUUUAUGAAUACUGA